UCUGUCCACCUGUCCUGCAGAGGAGUCGUUUCCAGCCCGGCUGCCCCAGGAUGGGUGAGUUCAACGAGAAGAAGACAACAUGUGGCACCGUUUGCCUCAAGUACCUGCUCUUUACCUACAACUGCUGCUUCUGGCUGGCCGGCCUGGCUGUCAUGGCAGUGGGCAUCUGGACGCUGGCCCUCAAGAGUGACUACAUCAGCCUGCUGGCCUCGGGCACCUACCUGGCCACAGCCUACAUCCUGGUGGUGGCGGGCACUGUCGUCAUGGUGACUGGGGUCUUGGGCUGCUGUGCCACCUUCAAGGAACGUCGGAACCUGCUGCGCCUGUACUUCAUCCUGCUCCUCAUCAUCUUUCUGCUGGAGAUCAUCGCUGGUAUCCUCGCCUACGCCUACUACCAGCAGCUGAACACGGAGCUCAAGGAGAACCUGAGGGACACCAUGACCAAGCGCUACCACCAGCCGGGCCAUGAGGCUGUGACCAGCGCCGUGGACCAGCUGCAGCAGGAGUUCCACUGCUGUGGCAGCAACAACUCACAGGACUGGCGAGACAGUGAGUGGAUCCGCUCAGGGGAGGCUGGUGGCCGCGUGGUCCCUGACAGCUGCUGCAAGACGGUGGUGGCUGGUUGUGGGCAGCGGGACCAUGCCUCCAACAUCUACAAGGUGGAGGGCGGCUGCAUCACCAAGUUGGAGACCUUCAUCCAGGAGCACCUGAGGGUCAUUGGGGCUGUGGGGAUCGGCAUUGCCUGUGUGCAGGUCUUUGGCAUGAUCUUCACGUGCUGCCUGUACAGGAGUCUCAAGCUGGAGCACUACUGACCCUGCCCCGGGCUUGGCCGCGGCUCGCUGUGCCUUGCUGCUGCUGCACCCAACUACUGAGCUGAGACUACUGAGUACCAGGGGCUGGGCUCCCUGAUGACACCCACCCUGUGCCAUCACCAUAACCUCUGAGGACUCCAACCGCAGAGGCAGCUUCAAGUGCCUUUUGCUGCACACCAACGCCCAGCAGGGGAGGUGAGGGGGGCUGGCGGGGCGAAGUUUGGGGGGUGUUUUGUGGGGUUCCCCGGACAUACUCUCUGCCUGGUGGUCAGAUGCAGGCUGGAAGGGGCCUUGCUGAGUGGGGCAAGGCCGAGUGUUCCCAGCACGGGGAGAAACCCUUCACGCCCCAGGCCCUUCAGGAACUAGGGCUUUGCCUUGCAGCCAUAUGGCCCCAUCCCAGUCGGGGCAGCCAGGAGAGCUCUGACCCUUGGGCCUGGGCCUCUGCCCCUCCCCACCCAGGCCUCAUCUCCCUCAACAGCCAGAGCCCCUGCUGUCUUCCCCACCGCGGUCACCACCACCCGAAAUGCCACAUGAUCACUGUGCACUGCCCUGUCCAUGUGCCUGUGCGGGGCAGGGGCUUCCUGGUUUUGUUCACUGCUGUACCCAGAUGCCUACAACUAUCCCUGCCACAUACAGGUGCUCAAUAAACACUUGUAGAGCAGA